ACACAUUCCAUUCCCCCCCAAUCCCCACCCGCCUCUCUCUCUCUCUCUCUCCCUCCCAUGGCGGCGCCGUCGGCGGCCACGCGCAGGAAGCUGCAGCGCAAGUUCAAGCUGCGAGGCUUCACCCUCAAGGUGGACGCCCUCGAGGAGGCCGCCGCCUUCCUCGCCCGCUUCCCCGACGCCGAGGACGACGCCCUCGACCUCCUCCUCGACGAGCUCGACAAGGAGCCGCUGCAGUCGUCGAUUCUUGACCGGGACGCGGUGCGGCGCGUGGUGGCGCUGCUCGUCGAGGCGGACGAGGCGGUGGAUGCGGCGUCUCCGGCGGCCACCAGCGCGCGCUCGGCGCUGCGGGUGGUGGAUUCGUUCGUCGUGCCAAGGUUCCACUACGAUCCGAUCAAGAAAGUCUUCUACGAGCAUACCAGCAGAUUAGCCAUACAUGGAGAAGCUGGAGAUAAAGCAGCCCUGUACAGGGACAGGUAUCAGGUUCUGCUUCAGAGGCUAGCUCGUGAUAUAUACUUCUCUAAGCCAGCUUUUGACACUGUUAUGACCGAAGAUGAUAAUUGUGAGAUAACUUCUAUUCAGUCCCUAAUUGGGUGCACUGGUCGGAGAUGGAUUAUGGGGGUCAUAUCACAGUUGGAGGAACGUCAAUUCUACUUGGAGGAUCUUACUGGAGCUGUGCCAAUUGACUUAUCGAAUGCUAAAAUCACUUCAGGUUUCUUCGUUGAAAAUACUGUAAUUGUAGCAGAAGGGGAAUUGCUUUCAAAUGGCAUUUUCCAGGUAAAUACAUGUGGAUUCCCUCCUUUAGAGGAUAGAGAAGCAUCACUUUCGAUGCUUAUGGGGCUAGAUUUCUUCGGUGGAGGUGUCAUACCAACUGAAGAAACAGUAAGGCUAUCAACCUUAGAGAAGAAGGCCAUGAAUGAUAUGUUUGUUAUACUUUCAGAUGUUUGGCUUGACAAUUAUGAGACCAUGGAGAAAUUAGGUGUUGUUCUUGAUGGUUAUGAUAGUCUAGAAGCAGUUCCUUCCCUUUUUGUUUUAAUGGGCAAUUUCUGCUCCCGGCCCUGCAAUCUGGCAUUCAAUUCAUUUGAAGAACUCAGAUUGCAGUUCGGAAAGCUUGGUGAGAUGAUUGCAGCUCGAUCCAGGUUAAAGGAACACAGUCGUUUUUUGUUCAUUCCUGGUCCUGACGACGCAGGCCCUUCUAAAGCCCUUCCAAGGUGUGCACUUCCGAAAUAUCUAACUGAGGAACUGCAGAAGCACAUCCCAAAUGCAAUAUUCGUAAGCAACCCUUGCAGGGUGAAGUUUUAUACACAAGAAAUUGUAUUUUUCCGGCAAGACCUCCUUUAUAGGAUGCGGCGGUCUUGUCUGAUUCCCCCAACAACAGAAGAAACAAGUGACCCUUUCGAGCAUCUGGUAGCAACCAUCACCCAUCAGAGUCAUCUUUGCCCAUUGCCUCUUACAGUUCAGCCAAUCAUAUGGAGCUACGAUCAUUGCCUUCGACUCUAUCCUACUCCUCAUACGAUAGUACUGGGCGACAAGAGCGACCAGAAGGCCUUCAAAUACACAGGAAUAACUUGCUUCAACCCUGGUUCUUUUGCUAACGAUAGCACCUUUGCAGCUUACCGUCCUUGCACUAAGGAGGUUGAGCUUUCUGCAUUAGAAAGCUAAUAUUAAAGAGAUCAAAAUGAGGCUCACCAAUUUGGCCAAUUUGGUAGCCUGUACCAUCCAAACUAGCAUUCUCCAAAUCUUCGAUGAACUGCCUAUCGCCUUGGACAUCAGCCUGAUAUUUAUGACUUGGACAUACAAGUUAAGGUGGAGGCCAUUUUCAUGCAAGCUAAUUCGAGGAGAUGACAUAACAUGCAUGACGCCAUGGUUGGUGUUUCUCUCAAGCAAACUGAUGCUGACAUUUAGAUGGCAUCAUGGUAGUGGUUUUCUUAUAACAAGGAUUGAAAUUAUACUUAGCAUAGCAGAAUAUUUGUGAUGUAUUUUGCUUAAGCCAUUCUACUUUGAAAUAUCUAGGCUUAAAUUGUUGUAAACCAAGGUAACAAAAGUGCUGCUUUCUUGUUCCUUCAAA